AUGAGCUUCUUCCAGUCCAUCAAGACCCGUUUCAGGCAUGAGAAAAGCAAGCGUCACUCGCAAGGCUUGUUCUCUGCAGGCGGCCUGUUUUCACGCAAAAGAGUGGAUACGGCGUUGUCGUUGGUUCCCUUAACGGAUGCCACCCUUGCCCAGCGAGCAGACAGUCGACCUGCCGCAAAAGCACGACCUGCAUCGUGUCUUGACCCAGAACUACAGCCAGUCAUCAAGGAAGAAGUGCUGAUCACCGUCCAGCCAGCUGAGACGACCAAGCUCGACCCUACUGGGACCCUGACCAAUGAGUCUGGCACGAUGCGUUAUCGUCCGUCGAGUGCAGACAUGUCUGUUAUUCGACGAGCUCCUCCACGCAGCCGUACAGCCAUCAUUGAGUCUUGGCGAGCAGAUUUGGUACCUAAAGGGCAGGAUGGGUCUGUCACGACGACCAUGUCGGAAGAGUGGACGAGUGUGGAUGAGGCCACGGUUGCAUCUGAGCAGUCUUCCGAGAAGGCUGUUUGCUGCACACCGGACAUUGCGUCUGGCAAGGUCAAUCCAACGCCAUGGCCUCAUCCCUUCACUGACGUCCCUCGAGGUCUGCGUCACCCAAGCGUGCGGUUCAAGCACAUUACAACAGUCGACCCAGAUCGCUACACGCGCAAGUACGUCAAAGUAGCACUCGUCCCCCUGACUAGGACAGAAAUCAACAUCUUUCACCAUCUCAAGCAGCAGAUGAUGAUGGAACAAGGACAUAACAUCGACGCUGUCGGACCGCUGACGAAAGGCCGAGUGCUGGCUGCAUUGAAGCACGAGAGCAUGCCAGCACGUCGACCAGCAAGCACCGGUUCAGACAUGUCGUCUCAAGCAAGUCAGAGCUUUUCGAGACAUGCAGGAUUGCGAUUGCUCAAACUUGGAGCUAGUCGAUUCGGCAAUGAUCCAGACGAGACACUGUGGGAUAUGGACCCAUUCACAAGGCAAGUCUUUGUCGUUGAACCAGCUUGGCAGGCUGAAGAAACAACAACAGCUUGCUCAGUCGCAAGCAGGACAACAAUGCGAGCUUCAUGCACUAUUGAUCAGCAAUGGAAAGAAGCACUCGCGAGCAUGACGGAGAAGCGUAAGCGCGCCUCGAUUGGUCAAACAUUGGCGCUAUUCGAACCCGUUAGUACAAUCAGGCUCGUCAAACACUAG